AUGCCCGAAUUCACCCCGGCUAACCCGGAGCUAUGGUUCAACAUCAUCGACCGUAGCUUCCAAGCCGCCGGUAUCACCCAGGACGCAACGAAGUUCGGAUACGCUCUCACAGCUAUCGGACCGCGUCACACUCUCGAGGUUCGGGACAUCAUAAUGAAUCCGCCUGCAGAAAACGCCUACGGCACACUAAAAGCAGAGCUCAUCAAGAGGCUCAGCCUGUUGCAGGAACACAAAACGCGACAACUCCUCGAGCACGAGAAAAUCGGCGAUCGGAAGCCUUCGCAAUUUCUGAGGCAUCUCCGGAACCUCGCCGGCACCGUGGUAGGCGAUGGCGUAUUACGCACCAUCUGGCUAAGCAGACUCCCUGCGCACAUACAGCCACACCUUGUGUCAAGAACCAACGAUACUCUUGACCAGCUAGCAGAGAUUGCGGACACGAUUAUGAAGGCAACUAAAGCUCCGACCGCCAAAAUCUCUGAAGUGGUUCCUGCUACCGACGCAAACGCCCUACACCGUUUACUGCUCGAGCAGAUAGCAGCCGUGCAGAACGAAGUCGCAGUUCUAAAAUUAAAAGAAUUAAGAGAAGGCGGCAGAGACAAAUUCCGGCCAAGGCCACGAUCCCGAUCACGUUCUGGGCAACGAAGAAAAUCUGCCUCGGGCCCAUGUUGGUACCACUGCAGGUUCGGACAAGCUGCAAAGAAAUGCCAACCACUAUGA